AUAUUCUCUAAACCUACUUCUGUGUUUGUCUUGCAGUUUCCUGGUGAUGACAUGGCAUCUGCCAGCUCCAGCCGGGCAGGAGUGGCCCUGCCUUUUGAGAAGUCUCAGCUUACUUUGAAAGUGGUGUCAGCAAAGCCCAAGGUGCAUAAUCGCCAACCUCGAAUUAACUCAUUUGUGGAGGUGGCAGUGGAUGGGCUCCCCAGUGAGACCAAGAAGACCGGGAAGCGAAUCGGGAGCUCUGAGCUUCUCUGGAAUGAGAUCAUCAUUUUGAAUGUCACGGCCCAGAGUCAUUUAGAUUUGAAGGUCUGGAGCUGCCAUACCUUAAGAAAUGAACUGCUAGGCACCGCCUCUGUCAACCUCUCCAAUGUCCUGAAGAACAAUGGGGGCAAAAUGGAGAACACACAGCUGACCCUGAACCUGCAGACAGAGAACAAAGGCGGUGUUGUCUCGGGCGGUGAGCUGACAAUUUUCCUGGACGGGCCGACUGUUGAUCUGGGAAGCGUGCCUAAUGGCAAUGCCGUGACAGACGGAUCACAGCCACCUUCAAGAGAAUCCAGUGGGACAGCUGUCACCCCAGAGAGCCGGCACCAGUCCCCUAGCACAAACUGCUUUGGAGGGAGAUCCCGGACGCACAGACAUUCCAGUGGUUCAGCCAGAACAACCACAGCAACCGGCGACCGAAGCCCUGGUACUAACAACCGCCGUCGCCAGCCCGUCAAGAACCCAAGCCACAGUGGCUUGGCCAAUGGCACAGUGAAUGAUGAACCUGCUGGAGCCACUGAUCCUGAAGAACCUUCUGUAGUUGGUGUGACACCCCCACCUGCUGCCGUAUCGAGUGUUACCCCGAACCCCACCACGGCAUCUCUCCCUGCUCCGGCCACGCCACCUGAAGGAGAGGAGCCCAGCACUUCGGGCACACAGCAGCUCCCGGUGGCUGCCCAGGCCCCCGAUGCUCUGCCUGCUGGAUGGGAACAGCGAGAGUUGCCCAAUGGCCGUGUCUAUUAUGUUGACCACAAUACCAAGACCACCACCUGGGAAAGGCCUCUUCCUCCAGGGUAAGGCAUGGACAAACAAGACCUGAGACUCUAGAACUGGCACCAAGAGACCCAGUGGCGUCUCCACCACUAACUACUCUAGCCUACUCUUUAUUUGCCCCCAUUCUCUCCUUUCUCUCUCUUUUUUCCCCUCCUCCCAUGGUCUUCCCCUUUUAUAUUCUUUCCCCUCUCUUCCUAUUUUUCCUUCUCCCCUCAUGCAUUGGGUUGGCCAUGACUGAUGGCCCUGCACUUUAAGUGGUAUUCAGAGCUACUAUGGCUGUUGGAUCCUGGAGGGAGGAGGGCUGAGAAGGCCUCCAGGGCCAUCGCUGUCUCCAUGCCCUCAGUCAUUCACCUGCAGAGAGAUCCUGUCGGGCCAGGUUUUCAAUCUUUUUCUGCAGAGGUAGCAAAGUUCAGGGACAAUUUAUCCUGGGUCUGUUGAUUGCUUUUUCUGUUCACUUUAUUUUAAUUCUGAUCUUUCUUCUUAAGAUAUACUAGGAGUUUUAGAGCAUCUCUGCAAGAAACUUGGGCAUGGGGAGGCCAAGCUAGAAAGAGUGGUGGUGCAUGUCACAGCACCCGGUGCCCAGCUGACCCCUGAAGACAGUGCACUUUUCGUUCCUCUGGGCUUUGCGAGAAUGCAGCUUGAGUUCUCCAAAACCAGAGGAUGAGUGAGGCUUCCAAGUGAGAGAAGACUAUCCAACUUCAAGGGGGAGAGGUUUGGUUCCCUCUCUGCCAGGGACAGAAAGUUCUUUCCACAUGUGUCUCCCGGCCCUGAGAGCUUUCAAAAGUGAAUGUAUUCUGCGCUUAGGAAAGAAUCCCCUCCCAGUAAAGCAGCCGUGAAGGGCUCCUGCAUAAAACAUGAACACUUCUCCCUUCUCAGUUUGCGAGGGAGAGGAUGUCAGAGGUGCAGGAGCCCCUGUGCUUUGUUUGGUUCAGCUAUCAGGCGUGUGCGAGGUAAAUACCACCUCACCUUCUGGUCCUACAAAUUUCCAUGGAUGGGCUGUUCUCAGUUUGUUUUCCAGUAGAAUGCUUGGGUUUUCCUUACCCUUCUGGAAAUGAAAUUCAUAAUCUGUCAUCCUUAGUUUUUGCUCUGUUUCCUACUUUGACUCUAACUUCAGUGCAGUUACCGAAGUUAAACACUGACUUCUUAGGAAAAAAACUAAACACUUUUAUUAUGGAAAUUACCAUGGAAAUUUUCAAAUAUGCACAAAGCAGAGAGAAUCCCCACAUAUUCAACACUUAGCUUCAAUAAUUAUCAACUCGUAGCCAGUCUUGCUUCAUCUAUACCAGGGGUUGGCAAGCUAUGGGCCUGUGGACAAAACCCAGCCCUCCAUUGGUUUUUGCAAACAAAGUUUUAUUGGAACAUAGCCACACUAAUUUGUUUUCUUAUUGCCUAUGGCUGCUUUGUGCUCA